AUGUACUGUCCCUCAGGAGCCGGAGGUCUAAAGGAGGUGGUACUGAAGGUCCCUCUCGCCGUUCUCACUGGCAGUACCGCCACGCUGGUCUGCCAUUAUGAUCUGGAAGGCGACCCUCUCUACACCGUCAAGUGGUAUAAAGGCCGGGAAGAGUUCUUUCGCUAUGUGCCAAAGGAACACCCACACACUCGAGUUUUUGCACUUCCCGGUGUCUUUGUCGAUGUCAGUGAGUCCGGGCCAGAUCGCGUAACGUUGCGUGACGUUCAGAAACAGCUUGCGGGCAGAUACCGUUGCGAGGUAUCAACUGAUGCACCCGACUUCCACACCCAAGUUGUUUCCGCCCAAGUCCAGGUUGUCGAGUUACCAGAAGGGUCACCUUCCGUGGCCGUGGAGAAGAACAGUUACGCUCUGGGAGACAUCCUGAGGGCAAACUGCACAGCACCGUGGGCCGCUUUACCUCUUAAUCUCACAUGGCUUAUAAAUGGCCAUAAGGUGAAUGAGAGCAUCUUACAUACUGUAGACGUGAACGUGACGACCGUAGGGCUGCAGACUGAGGUGAACAAGUUCCAAGGCGGCAAGUUGCGACUACAGUGUCUGGCACAACUGUAUGACGUGUAUAUGACAGUGCAGGAAGUGUGGCUAGACGAGGACAGACCAAGGCUUGCGUCAGUUCUCGGUACAAGGGAAUCUUCCGCUGACAACAAUGGGGGCUGUGGUGGUUACGUGAUGGCCACUUGGACACUGGGGUCUUCCUUAGUUCUGCUUUUAUUGUCUAGCUAG